GCAAAAGAGAAAGUAACUCUGUGUUGCUGCUGGGGAUCAAUGAAGCUGAGUGAAUGGGGGCGCACUGCGCGAGCGCAUAGCUGGAGCAGGCGCCAGAUGGUAGAGGGCUACGCUUAUUGAUGAAACUCUUGAGUUCUUCUUGAAUUGCCAGUUUCCAGCCUCCUCAUGCCUCCAUCUCCUUUAGACGACAGGGUAGUAGUGGCACUGUCUCGGCCUGUCCGACCUCAGGAUCUCAGCCUUUGUUUAGACUCUAGCUACCUUGGCUCUGCCAGCCCAGGCAGUGGUAGCCACACUCCUGUCAUUGCCACCGCCGUCGUGACCCUCAAGGCUGCGAAUCUGACGUAUAUGCCCUCAUCCAGCGGCUCUGCCCGCUCCCUGAAUUGCGGAUGCAGCAGCACUAGCUGCUGCACUGUGGCAACCUACGACAAGGAUCACCAGGCCCAGACUCAAGCCGUCGCCGCAGGUACUGCCACCACCGCCAUAGGAACCUCGACCACCUGCCCAGUUAACCAGAUGGUCAACAACAAUGAAAAUACAGGCUCUUUAAGUCCAUCGGGUGGCGUGGGCAGCCCCGUGUCAGGGACUCCCAAGCAGCUAGCCAGCAUCAAAAUCAUCUACCCCAAUGACCUGGCAAAGAAGAUGACCAAAUGCAGCAAGAGUCACCUGCCCAGCCAGGGUCCCGUCAUCAUCGACUGCAGGCCUUUCAUGGAAUACAACAAGAGCCACAUCCAAGGAGCUGUCCACAUUAACUGUGCCGAUAAGAUCAGCCGGCGGAGGCUGCAGCAGGGCAAGAUCACCGUCUUAGACUUGAUUUCCUGUAGAGAAGGCAAAGACUCUUUCAAGAGGAUCUUUUCCAAAGAAAUUAUAGUUUAUGAUGAGAAUACCAAUGAGCCGAGCCGUGUGACGCCGUCCCAACCGCUUCACAUAGUCCUUGAGUCCCUGAAGAGAGAAGGCAAAGAACCCCUGGUAUUGAAAGGGGGACUCAGUAGUUUUAAACAGAACCAUGGAAACCUCUGUGACAACUCCCUCCAGCUCCAAGAGUGCCGGGAGGUGGGGGGUGCAUCUGCGGCCUCGAGCGUGCUACCUCAGUCUGUCCCCACCACCCCUGACAUCGAGAACGCAGAGCUGACGCCCAUCCUGCCCUUCCUGUUCCUGGGCAAUGAGCAGGAUGCUCAGGACCUAGAUACCAUGCAGAGGCUCAACAUUGGCUACGUCAUCAACGUCACCACGCACCUUCCUCUGUACCACUAUGAGAAAGGUCUCUUCAACUACAAGAGGCUGCCAGCCACUGACAGCACCAAGCAGAACCUGCGGCAGUACUUUGAAGAAGCGUUCGAAUUCAUCGAGGAAGCUCACCAGUGUGGGAAGGGCCUUCUCAUCCACUGCCAGGCCGGUGUGUCCCGAUCUGCCACCAUCGUCAUCGCCUACUUGAUGAAGCACACGAGGAUGACCAUGACUGAUGCUUACAAAUUCGUCAAAGGCAAACGACCAAUUAUUUCCCCGAACCUCAACUUCAUGGGGCAGUUGCUGGAAUUUGAGGAAGACCUAAACAACGGCGUGACGCCACGAAUCCUUACACCAAAGCUGAUGGGCAUGGAGACCGUCGUGUGACUGUGGGCUGGUAGAAAGGGCUGUGCUGUUAGGAGACACAGGAAGGAAGGCGGAUUCUGGCUUGUCUGUCUGUCUUUCUGUCUUUUUGUCUUUCUUUCUGUCUGUCUUUCUCUCUUUCUCUCUCUUUUCUUUUCUUUUUUUUAAGGUCGUGAGUAUUUGUGAAAGGAAGCAAACUUGUCUAAAGACUCUAUUUUUAAUAAUUGUAAGAAGACUCUAACUUUUGAUGCUGAUGGGACUCACUGCUCUUAAACUGGUAUUGCAGUUAGGUUAAAGAGGUCUUUUUUUUUAAGCCAACAAAUAAAAAUAUUAUAAAACUUGUUUCUUCCCAGUUUCCCUUGUAAGCUUAUUGUAGAGUUUUGGCUAAAUAGUCUGUGCGGGCUCAUAGACCGAAGAUACCACCCUUCCAUUACAAAGAACCAAAAGGAAAUGGAAAAGACUCUAGACCUGGAAUCGACUGGACAACCACGUAGAAAGCAAAUCCUGCCAAACCAUGCCCAGUUGUGCUCCCUGGUGUGAAGAGAAGGACCAGCAAGCUGGGUGGUUUCAGCUCACCUCACACCUUCUCUGAGGAGACAGGCUAGUGUUGAUUUUGAUGUGUUCCGUGCUCCGGAUAUCUUUUCUCCUUCUCUGGGUCUGAGAGAACUUUUUGUUUGAUUGUUUAACAGAAAGAAACUGACUGUUAUACCAUGUGCCUUUGCUGGCACUUGUGCAAUAAAAAUGGUGUUUGGAGUGUGCCGCUGAGGUAGAGCUGGCAGCUGAAGAAUGGAAGCGUCAGCUUGGAGACAGGAAUUCAACAAUACCUGUGGCUUCCCCUCCCUCCUUUCUCCUUUUUUCCCCCUUUCUUCCUCCUUUUAUUUGUGUUUCUUUUUUGAUUUGAUUCUGGUUACAGUGCCAUAAACCUUGUUACAUAUGUAUAUCAGAAUGUAAAAAAAAAAAGACAAAAAUUUAUUUAAAAAAUAUUUUUCGCAAAAAAAAAACCAAACAAAUCCUUGGUGUGUUUUUGUUGAUGGUGUAAGAAUUUAUUUUCAUUAUAUAAAUGAAACUCGUUUGGGGA